CAUGUUUGGACCCAGUAAAUGGUUGCCGCUGCGUUCCUGAGAAUGCAACUGGACUCCACGAACAAACGUGAACCUGCCUUCAGCGGAGUCCAACCUCUUGUCUAUCCAGGGAUAUUAUGAGGACCAAUUGGGUAAUAGAAAAACCACGCCUGAGGCUCUGAGCAUGUGAUGUUCGUUUGGCUUACAGAUCAGGAAGUGGGUCUUUACAAGCUGUACUGGAGACGAGUUUAAGCAUUUCAUCAUCCAGGCAGCUGCCUGAGAAACCUGCAGGGGAACAUGAACGGGAGCCUCGUGAUUCAGGUUGUGACCGUCGUGAUUUUGAAGCUGAUCGCGUCUUCUCUGUUUCUGGUGUACUUUUCACAGGUUUUCUAUACUUCGGUUCUGCAAGAGGACCCGACUGGCAUCAGUAAAGAAAACAAAGCCUGCUCCAUCGGGUGGAAAUUAUUCAAGGGGAAAUGUUACGACUUUUUUUCCCAAGAUGAUACAUGGGAUGGAAGCCAGAAGACUUGCGCUCAAUCACAUUCUCAUCUUGCAGUUGUCAACAGCAAAGAAGAGUUGAUGUUCCUCAAGAGCAGAUCAGAAAUAAAUAAUGAUAAAUAUUUUAUUGGCUUGACUCGGAGAGAUGGAAAGUGGACAUGGGUUGAUGGCACACCGUUUGACCCUAACAGAUUUAGUAUCAACUAUAGAAUUGAUGGUGACUGUGCUGUGAUUGGAUUUGGUUCCCUUGAAAGUUUUGAAACAGUGCAUUGCUAUGGACCAUAUCGCUGCAUUUGUGAGAAGAAUGCAUAGGAGCUUUCCUACACAUUGGAGCUUCUACAAAAUUGGCAACAUCUUUGGCCACCCUCCAGCUUCAGUGGCCUGGGCAGGAAGGACUAUUUCCUCCCCCAAGAAAAGAUGUCGCCUGUCAUUUCCUUUGGGCCCAAAAGAACACCACAACACAGAAGCAAAAUGUGCCUCCACUUGCUCGUUUCAUUUCAGCGGUAUGUGUGUAAGCCCACUGGACACAGGCAGCUGCCUUAUUGUAGCCCUGUUCACAUAUGACAGUAAACAAACUGUACAGCCUGCAUGUGUGCACCUUCAGAAGACAGAGCCAACACGGAUUCAUGGUACAAAUGAAACUGAGGACCAGCACCUGGAUAAAUGUGGAUUUUAAAUCACACAUUGAACUGUACAUGCUCUGAAUGUAACGUGAGAAUUAGCCAAUGCACAUAUAAACAUAUCAACACACUUUAUACAUGCUAUAGGGAUGCAAACGUCCAGGUG